AUGCAAGAGCAGCUGGCUAAAAUCCAGCAGGAAAUGAGAGACCAAAUGCUGGAGUCCCAGAGAAACAUGCUAGAAUCACAAAAUAGCAUGAUAAGCCAGCUGACACAGCUGUUUAAAGGAGGGUCUGACAAAGGAAAAGGCCCUAUGGUUGACACGAGAAAUGACAAUGAGGAUUCCGCUUGUCCUACAAGUUUUGCGCCAGCAAACAUGCAAACACAACCACCAAGGGUGUCUGUUAAUGUCCAACCUCUUUAUCAAACUGGUACCUCGGCACCAGUAAACUUCCCAGCGGGAUCGAGCACCAACGCUAAGGAUAAUCUAGCAAACCCCCAGGUCCCUGACUUCGACGACGCAGCAGAGGUGGAAAAAGAAAAAACAGAACUGCCCAAACAAAUGGAGGACCAAUAUAAAUGGUUGGUGGAGAAGUUCAAGGCGUUGGAAAGUGUUGAUAAUUACUGCGGAAUGGAUGCCAGAGAGUUGAGUCUAGUCCCAGAUUUGGUAUUACCUCCCAAGUUCAAAAUACCAGAAUUUGAAAGAUACAACGGAACUAGUUGCCCUGAGGCUCACAUCAAGAUGUUUUGUCGGAGAAUGACGGGUCAUGUCAAUAAUGAUCAGUUGUUGAUUCACUAUUUUCAGGAUAGUUUGGCUGGGGCUGCGGCCAAAUGGUACAAUCAGUUGAGUCGUACCCAAGUUAAGUCAUGGAAGGACCUAGCUCAAGUCUUCAUGAAGCAGUACGGCCAUAUAACAGAUAUAGCACCGGACCGGAUCACACUCCAGAAUAUGGAGAAGAAGCCAAGCGAAAGCUUUCGACAGUAUACUCAGAGAUGGAGAGAGGUCGCUACACAGGUCCAACCACCGUUGCUAGAAAAAGAAACAACCAUGCUCUUUAUCAAUACAUUAAAGGCGCCUUUCAUUACUCAUAUGUUAGGUAACGCAACCAAGAGCUUUGCAGACAUAGUAAUGUCUGGCGAAAUGAUAGAAAAUGCCAUAAGAUUAGGUAAGAUAGAAGUCGGGGAGAACACGAGAAGGUCAGCCCCGAAGAAAAGAGAGAAUGAAGUAGGUAAUGUGAGCUCAGGCUACGCAAAAUCGGCCACUGUUAAUCAGUCAAGGGCUAUAGUCACAGGCCAGCAGGCCUCACCAAGGCGGGAGCCUAACAUGAGACAGAAUACAGAGAAGUUUCAAUUUACUCCCAUACCAGUGACAUAUAGGGAGUUGUACAAAAGUCUAUUUGAUGCACAUGUAGUGGCUAUUUUCCACUUAGAGCCGUUGCAGCCCCUAUACCCUAAGUGGUACGAUGCAAAUGCUCAGUGCGAAUACCACGCAGAGAUUACGGGGCGCUCGAUAGAAAACUGUACCUCAUUCAAAAGGUGCGUGGAAUGGCUUAUCAAAGCAGGUGUUCUAAAAUUUGAUGAUACACCUGGUAUAGGAAAUCCGUUGCCCAGUCAUACUGAUAAAGGGGUAAACGCGAUAAUUGAGAAUGUGGGGAGAAAAGUCAAGCUGAAUAUCACAGAGGUGAGAACCCUAUUGAAGCUAGUUUGGAAUGAAAUGUAG